AUGCCAAAAAUGCAGUAUCUCAUCAGGCAGGCCGGGUACCCCCAAGUGGGGAUGCUUCCCUUGGUGAGGUGGGGGGACCCGCCAAAGAAGCCCGUGCUGUCUGCCCGUAAUUCCAUGAUGUUCGGGCACCGAAGUACCACCAGGAUCCCUCCUAUGAAGGGCAAAUUUUCUCUCCCGCGUUCACCACCUGAGCAGGUAGUCAAGGCUAGAAAGCCAGUACCAUGCAGUCACAUUCUGCUUCCUCGCCCAAAGAAGAGUGAGGUGAAGGUCCAAGAAGAGCCCAGAAAAGGAGCAGCAAAGGAGGAGGAGGCUCACAUGAAGACCAAACGACAGGACGACUGGCACAGAGAACCCCACAGCAAAGGGUAUAUGCCGUUGACAUCUAGGCCCCUGGAGACCAAUGGAGUCGCCACGUUUCCCAAGUGCAGUCCUGAGCCUCUGGACUUCCUUCCCAGGCACCCAGAAGGCAACUUGAGUGAGAACACCCAGACGUCUCUGAGGAAUUUUUCCCCAGAAAGACAUGUCACCGGCUCAGACAGCCCUGUUGGAGAUGUCCUGCCUCCUUCAAAGCCUGAUCCCGAUGCCGCAGUGUUCUCUGCCCCAACCACAUGCUGCUCCCUGCUGCCGAAGAGGCCAACAAAAGGGCUGGGUGAAGACCACCGGCCGAAUUCACCAGGCUCACCAACUUCUGGGAAGGAGAUGCAGCGUGAAAAGCCUUCAGACAUGCCAUCAAGAAGCACUUCUUCAGCGGUAUCUGCCAGCAGUAGACGCUGCAAGCGGAAAAUUCCCCUGCCGCUGCUGCUGCCGCUGCCGCUGCCGCUGCCGCCGCCGCUACAACUGCAGUGGGGUCGAGGUGAGCUGCCCCCUCCUCCUAAACUUCCUUGCUUGGCUCUUGACAAAAAUCUGGGCCCCCUGGAGAAGAACACUGAGUGUCAGUGGAACAAGAGCUUCGAGAACACAAGGAAGGUCAUGGAAGACUGCAGUGCCCCUCAGCCUGCCCCUUCCUUCUCCCUACCUGCCUCGCAGGUGGCUACUUUCACUCUGAAGGUCCCUGCUACUACCACCCACUUGGCUGACAUAUCUUCCAGGGCCCCCAUACAGUCUGUCCCCCCACCUUCCCCCACAUCUAGACACACAGUCCCUAGCUCCACUCCUCUAGCUACUCCUGCUGAUUCUCUUCCUCCUUCGGGUCCCUCUCAUUCAGUUGUAGCUACAUCAUCUCUUACUUCUAACCUCCCCACAUGUCCUAGCACCUCAACCUUCUUCCAACCGUCCUCCUACAAAAACGAAUCCCCAACACCUAUGUGUAUAGAUUCUCCCCCUCCUUUGUUCUUACCUACCUCUCUUCCAGUCCCUUCCACCAUUCCCACCACUUCUGUGGCAGUCCCUUCUACCAUCACAGCCCUGGCAUCAACAGGUUUGACCUCCCAGCCUACUUCAGAUCCUGGAGUCACGGACAUGGACACCACUCCCCCUUCCUACGCUGUCAUUUUUAGGGUGGAGCAGAGGCAUCCUGAAGGGGUACCAGUCUCCACCAGCCCACCUGUGCAAAUGGUCCCCCAUCCCAACUCGCAGCCUACACUCAGGACCUCUGACGGGCAGCAGAGAGCCUCUCUCCCUAGGGCUCCUGUUGUCACCAGUCUCCCUCUUUCAGCUUCUGGGGCCAUCUACGCUCCAACAGGCAGCACCUCUGCAAAUGUCAUGCCAGCUUUUGACAUCAAUGCUAUGGAUACCACGCCUCCUUCCCAGGCUGUUAUUUUCCACUCUCCCCCUAUCUCCAGAGAUAAUCAUUACCCAUUUCACAUGACUGUUCCUGGUUCUGAUAACACACCACCCAGUGGCAGCAAUGCUGUAGCCUAUGCCUCUCCUGGUUUACCUGCAAAGUCAGUCAAAAGACAGGCUACACAUUCCAAGCCUCUCUCAGACUCAGUAAUUAGCUCUCAGAUCACAGUUAGUGCCUGUAAUAGGCAGGUGUCUAAAACCACUGGAAACCCAGUGGCCCCAGCACAAAAUAAAGGCCUAACUUAUCCUGCAGGCUGGCCAGCCAGAGGCAGCAGGAUGCAACCAAGUUUGCUAGGUUCCCCAUCUGCCACCACUGUGAACACCGCGCCAGCUUCUGGUGGCAACCUGAAUAUUCUCCCCAGCGGUGCAUCCACUACUGCUGGCUUUGGAGUUGCCACAAAGAUGCCUAGCACCAGUAGCUCGCCGUCUGCCAAUACCACACCAGGCCAACCUAUGUUUAAGGGACCUACAACCCCUAUGGAUAGUGGGAGCUCUGGAGUCAAUAUGUCUGCCCUACACCCCACUAAUUCAGGGGUAUCCCAACCACUCAACUUUAGGGCAGGACUGAGCAGGGCACUCCACCACUUCUGUUCCUCCUCGGGCCAAAUAGUCUGGGGUCCAUCUAGCCACACUAUGGCUGCUGUGGUAGGAGGACCAAGCACCAUCCCAGUAUUUGGACACAUACCUGAUUCUACCUUAAGUCCAAACACCUGGGGCAUACCUGUGGCAAACACAAAUGGUACAGUCAUGGCAGGGAACAACACCAUCCCCAUGACUGGAAGUCCUAGUGUUUCCACUUUCCAUAAUGGCACCUGGGACCCACCAGGACACAGAGAAUGGUCUACACUUAAAAGAUCCAUUAUCCCGAAGAAGGAAUGUGUGUCAAGGGACAGGUCUAUCUCCACUUUUCAUCAGAACCACACCACAUCUGUUGGAACUGCAAGUGCCUGCACCACCCCUGGGGUUAGACACACUUCUAGUUCUACCCGCUUUCCAAACACCUGGGGCCAACCUGUCCAGAGUUCAAGCUGGGGUACAAGAAGGGACGACAUCAUUCCCAUGGCUGGAGGACCUGGUAUUACUGCUUUUCAUCAGUAUAGCUGGGGCCCACCUGGCCAAUACCCAGGUAGUGCAGCUGGAGGGAACAAUAUCGCACCUGCACCCUUGAUGGCAGGCCCCAGUAUCAACACCUCCCAUCAGACUUGGAACCCAUCGAUGCAGAGCACAGGGAAUGCAGUGAGGAACAGCACUAUACCUGCUGUGACUGGAUACACUUAUGGUCCCCUGUUCAUACAGAGCAACUGGGGCACCCCUGGACAAAACCCAGGUGGUGCAAUGGGGGUCAGCACCACGCAUACUUAG